CCAUUUUUGUAUCUUAAGUCUUUGGUAAUAAAUAUCCAUAGAUAAUUAAUAAUUUAUAAUGUUUAUGCAAUUAUCUAUAAAUGUAAGGUUUAUUAUCUAUAAACCUCGCCUUACAACCUGGUGAGGAAUAACCUAUGUCGGUGGUAUAAGUGGUAGCAAUAUAAUACAAGAAGGUAAUUCGUUUUAUCAAUUUGAUAAGUAAUCUGUUAAUCAGAAUUCUGACUUGUGAUUAUGUACAUGCAAAAUAUUUACUAGUUGUGAAAAAUAAACUAUUAUUCAGUGUUUCCCUAAAGUAUACUAUGUCGGCAUUAGCAUCCUUAACUGCUAAUUAUACUGACUCGGAAGACGAAGCUUCAACACCUAGUCAACGAAGACAUAGCGAAGAAAUAUCAAAUGCAAAUCCGAUCUCUGAUGAAAAGUUACCUAGUCCUAAAUUACAAAUUCCUAACUCUGCGCCAGCUGUGACCAAUCCAGAUGACGACAAAAAAACAAACCUAGUAUCAUACUUCGAAGACCAUGAUAUUGUUAUGUCAGAUGAAGAUAUUGAUCAACGAACAAUUGUUGACGAAGAAGAUAUUUUACCCUUUGAACCUAAAGGUAGAUGUUCUAAAGAACUACAAGAAAAAAUUGCUCGAUUGCAUGAAAAAAUGGAGAAAGAUGGCAUGGACAUGAACUACUUAAUACAAAAGAGAAAAGAUUUUCGAAACCCUAGUAUUUAUGAAAAACUUUUACAAUUUUGUAACAUAAAUGAAUUAGGAACUAAUUAUCCACCUCAUCUUUAUGAUCCUUUGAGAUGGGGCAAAGAAUCAUUUUAUGAAGAAUUAGGACGACUUCAAAAAGAAGAUAUGGAAAAAAGACAAAAAGAGAGAAAAGAAAAAACAAAAGUUGAAGUAGUAUCUGGCACCAAGAAAACAAACAACAUAGUUACAACUACCCAUAAAGCUGAUGAUAAAAAAAGUAAAUGGGAUUUAACAACAUCAGCCACUGGUACAAAAGGAACAGUUAUAUCAGCGUUUGGCUCUCUACCUAAAAAACAAAAAUUGGAUAUUCAUUGAAAUAAAUGAAUCAUUGAAGUAUGAGCUUUCACCUGUCAGUUUAUUCAAUUGUAUAAUAAAUAAUUAAAGUGUAAAGAAUUUACAAAAUUGUAUAAUAUUAAGAUAUGAUGGCUCAAGUAUAGCUAAUUAUUUUUAUAAUAAUUAAGAAAAAUUUGUUGUAAAAAUAUUGUACUUGUUUUUUUUUAACAAUGUAAUUAUUUGAUUUUAUACAUAAAUUUCUAAAAAGCUAAAGGUUAAAGUCAACUU